AUGGAUGUGGGGAGAGAACAGUGGCCUCAUGUAGGGGCAUCUUCAAUUGAUCCUCGUCUUGCUCCAUCAAGGGAGGAAGCCCGCGAUCGUUGCCGGCACUAUCACCACUAGAAGGAGGGAAGGGACGAGCUGGCCUACCUAUGGUGUGGGCAUAUGGUGCCAAGGGAGAGAGGAGGAGCAGGCCAUCCCAAUAGUAGGAGAGGGAUGCACCAAAGGAGGAAGGAGAGAGAGAGAGCUGAUCGUGAAUGAGGAAAGGGCUGGUGGCAGCUCCCUUCUUUUGGGAUCGUGUGCCUAUGAGCCUUCUAGUUUUGCCCUACAUCCUACAAGAUUUACAAGUAAGUUUUCUUUGUAA